GAUAAGCCGACCCAACCCGAUCCUCCGAACCCUGAAGUGCUCAGACCUGAACCUCACACAAGGCCUAUGGCCCCCUCAUUGGCCAUGCAGUCCAUGCCAUUGAUCCUCCGAACGCUACGACCGAGCUUCCCAUUCUCCCGCAUACCCAGGCCCGGCCUGCAGCUCCCCCCGACCCCCAUUCUCAAGCCGAUCCGAAGCUUUUCGGUAUGCCUACAAUGCCAAUUCCGUCCGCAACCGAGACUGCACAACACAGCCGACGAUAAGGAGAAGACGAAGUACCCAUUAGGAUCCGAAGCUGAGACUAGAAGCUCCGUAACUGGGUUCCCGCCGGAGCUUACGCCCCCGACGGAGAAGGAGAAGCAAUCUGAGGCAGAGGAUGAGAAGACCGAGCGGGAGCUUGUGGAGAAUCUUGAAGCGGAUCUCGAGAGAAGAAAAGAGUCUGCACAGUAUGCUACACCUGAGGCAAUAGCUGAUAUUGAGAACGCUGUGGGUGGUCUCAAGGACAAGGUUAAGCAGAGGGAAGAGGCGAAAGCUAGUGCUGGUUCGAACAGGACGCAGACCGGACGACUACCGUCCUUCCUGGAGGAAAGACGGUCGCGGAUAUCGAAACAAUUUACGGAGAUGAUGGAUAAUCUCCAGGGCAAUGUGUUUGUUGCGGGUCAGCGGCUAAACGAUUUGACUGGGUAUUCCAGCAUCGAGGCUUUGAAAAAUGAGAUCCAUGAACUAGAAAACGAACUGCGUGACGCGCGAUUGCAGGUUAAGAAAGCAAAAGAAGCAUAUCAAGCCGCAAUCAACAAUCGCUCGACGUCGCAGCGCGAGGUGAACGAGCUCCUCCAGCGCAAGCACGCCUGGUCCUCUUCAGACUUGGAGCGCUUUACGCUCCUGUACCGCAACGACCACGCCAACGAAGUUGCCGAGGCCGAAGCGCAAGAAGCGUUAUCGAACGCUGAACGUCAGUCUGAAGAAAAGGCAGCACAGCUGAGCAAGACCAUCCUUUCCCGGUACCAUGAGGAGCAGGUCUGGUCUGAUAAGAUCCGGCGCAUGAGUACCUGGGGUACCUGGGGCCUGAUGGGUGUCAACGUGCUACUUUUCCUCAUCUUUCAGGUUGCCGUGGAGCCAUGGCGCCGGCGCCGACUAGUCAAAGGAUUCGAAGACAAGGUAGUGGAGGCACUGGAGAAAGAGAAGGCUAUUACCGAGGCAUAUAUGCCUUCUAUGGUUUCUAAAGGGUCUCAAAGCGAGCCUGAGCCUGCUCCUGCUUUAGAUGCGCCCCUGACGAGUGAAUCCGCAUCUCAAACUACCGAGGUCUUUCCUGUGAAUGCCUCUUCAUCGCUUUCCUCCCGCCUCGCCUCUAUAUCUCUUUCACCCUUCUCUGCUGAAUACUGGCAGCAGGUUCUCCACGAGCUCUUCAGUGAGGACAAUGUUUAUCUUUCACAGCGGGAGCUCACCAUGGCUGCCAUACAGAGUGCAGCAGCUGGAGCAGCCGGGAUGGCCAUCGUGGCUCUCGCGAUAGCUCUUGGAAAGUCUCAGUAG